CCGCUGACGUCACCGAACGCGGCGUCCGCUGUUGGAGCCGGUAGGAGCGUCGGGUGGGAAAAAGAGAAAAACACAAGAGCGUUGGAUCUAAACGUGCAUCUUUGGACUAUCAUUGGUGCUGUCACUAUAAGGACUGCCAUGAUGGGAGCCUGCACUUCUGAAUUUACUACUGUAAGAGACAAGUGAUACACUGAAAGCUCACCGUAAUACACUCCAUUAUUAUACAUACAGCUCUUUGUGACAGCGGGAAAAUGUAUAGCAGCAGCAUUUCAAAGGAAAGACAAUAUUAAAAGCCAGUGAGGCUUUUGAAAAUUGGGAUUGUUUGCACAGAAGACUGGCACACCGGGAUGGAGCUAGACUUUACUAAGGACGAUCUGCCUUUAAUGGCUAACACUAACCACAUGUUGGUGAAGCAUUAUGUGUUGGAUCUKGAUGUAGAUGUUGAAAACAAGGUGAUUGAGGGCAAAAUAGUUUUGUUCUUUCAARCUGACAGUGGAGAAGGAGUCAGAGAGCAGACUGAAGAAGCUGGUGGGUCAUGGUCAGAUGAAACCUGCCAAGUCCAGGCACCUGAAUCUGGCUCGGUUCCUGUGUCAAAUGCAAGCGCCUSCUSUCCUGAAAGUGGAUGUAAUGAUUUUGCUGYCUGUGGUAAAGGUGAAAAUGAUACUUCUGAUAAAAACGGUAGCCAUGGCAACAAGGAACAGGCUUCUGGGAUUUCUAGUUCAAAGAACUGCUGUGACAUUGAGAUUCAUGGGAAUGAAGAUUUCUCACUGGUCCUAGACUGCUGUGAUUUAUCCGUGUUAAAGGUUGAGGAGGUAGACAUUUCCCUUGUUCCAGGCGUCGAGGAAUUUGCAAACCCUGCCAAGUUAACAGGAUCGUCUCAAGAUGCCAGGGAUCGCAGGAAUCAAAUUGUGCAUGAACUUGUGACAUUACCUGCAGAUCACUGGAAGGAGCAGCUUGACUAUUACAGGCGAUGCAGCCGAGCUCCUGCUUGUGGAGAGCUCUUGUUUGUUACUGGCAGUUGGAGCUUGGAGAUCAGGAAGGCAGGUGUCCAAUUGCCAAAGGACUUCCCUCACGCCUUAAGGAUUUGGUACAAAACAAAGCCAGAUGGAAGAUCACUCAGCUGGACGACAGACCAGAAUGACAGGCCGUGUGUUUAUACAGUGGGGUCUCCAAUAAACAACAGGGCCCUUUUUCCAUGCCAAGAACCGCCUGUUGCCAUGUCAACGUGGCAAGCUACCGUCCGAGCAGAUGCACGCUUUGUUGUUUUAAUGAGUGGCGAAAACUCAGCGGAAAUAACAGAAUCCGAAGAAGGUGUAUUAAACUGGUUUUAUUAUGUGACCAUGCCAAUGCCAGCAUCAACCUUCACUAUUGCUGUUGGAUGUUGGGCAGAAGUUAAAAGAAAAACUUAUGCAACUGGCGUUCAGAGGAAUGAUGGGAUCUUUCCACUGUUCUCAAAGGCGGAUGUCAGGUUGUUAGAAGGGGCUUGUGGUCAUGUACCUUACCCCUGUCGUUUCCAAGAACCUGCGGCCACUUCUCAAGUGGUUAUUCCUCAUCGUAUCUUUGCUCCACCGUGCCUUCAGAAAUCCUGUGAAGAGAUUCUACUCCCAUUGAUUCCUCAGUGUCUUUCCGCAUCUUAUGCUCUACUGGGCACUCAUCCAUUUUCUCGCCUUGAUGUCUUGAUUGUCCCAUCCAACUUUUCCAGUCUUGGAAUGGCCAGCCCACACAUCAUCUUCCUUUCCCAGAGUACAUUAUUUGGAGGAAGCCAUCUCUGUGGAACACGCUUGUGCCAUGAAAUUGCUCAUUCCUGGUUUGGGUUGGCCAUUGGGGCACGUGACUGGACAGAAGAAUGGCUUAGUGAAGGAUUUGCCACUCACCUGGAAGAUGCUUUUUGGUCAGCAGCACAGCAGCAGCUGCUGGCUGAUGAAGCAAGAGAACAGCAGGAUCUGAAGGCUUUGUUGCGCUGGCAGCGUCUUAGAGAUGAGGUUCAAAACUCUGAGGAAGAUCUGCAAGUGUUACGGCCUAACAAAGACAACACUGGCAAAGUGACGGAAUCUGGAGCAUCUGUAAUUAAGCACGGCCUGAAUGCGGAGAAAACCUUCAUGCAGGUUCAUUAUCUGAAGGGCUACUUCCUUCUGCGGUUUUUGGCAGGAAAAGCUGGAGAAGCUGAGUAUUUUGCCUUUUUAAGAAAGUUUGUAUGGCGUUUUCAUGGACAACUCAUACUUUCUCAGGACUUUCUUCACUUAUUACUAGAGGACAUCCCACAGCUAAAAGGGUAUGGCCUAUCAGUAGAAAACAUUUUCCAGAAGUGGCUUGACUGCUCAGGAAUCCCCAAGCCUUUGCUGGAAGAGAGUCAAGCGUGGCAAGAGUGUCGCUUAGCCCGGCAAGUCAAGGAAGAGGUCGUAACAUGGGUUCGAGUAAAUCAGAGAGCCAGGAAAAGCGGCCAAAGGAAAAAGCGGCGUGAGGAAGGCACUUUCCAAAAGCUUUCCUCAGACCAGCUAGUAUUACUUCUGGAAUGCCUCUUGGAAAAGAAGACAUUAUGUUCAAAAACACUGGAGUGCUUACAGAAGACCUACCACCUUCGUGAACAGGAUGCAGAGGUUCGGCAUCGAUGGUGUGAGCUUGUGAUUAAGCAUAAAUAUGUGGCAGGGUAUGUUGAUGUUGAGAAAUUCCUCAAGGAAGACCAGGCAAUGGGUGUCUACCUGUAUGGAGAAUUAAUGGUGAAUGAGGAUGCAAAACAACAAGAAAUUGCACAUAAAAGUUUUGCUACAACCCGUGACCAAAUGGAUGUGUCCUCCGCUAAAGUAGUUGCAGAUAUGUUGUUUUGAUGAGGAAAGAUCAGAGACUUUUAAUAUAUCUACUACAAAAUGCUGGUUGUACUAGGAUUUCCUUGAACCCGGACAUCAAAGGAAGGAUUAUGUGACUGCUAAAACAAUCAGCUGACAAUUUUACCCUAGCUAAUUGAUUGUGAAGUAAGACAGUUCUGGAUGACAGGUGCCUAUCCAGGCCCAAAAGAGACAUUAGGAAAAGUUAAAAUAUUCAUUUGAGUAGGUAUUUUAUAUCUUUUUAAAAUAUAAGCAACCAAUGACAAUUUUGUUUUUAAAUUAAUUUAAGCCAGUUUGGAGAAUACUUGUUUAUUAAUCUAAUUCCUGAACAUUUGAAGCACAUUUGUUGUUGAACCUAAUAGGGAAAAAAGAGACCUUGUCUUGAAAUGAACCCUUGAGAGUAUUCUUUUCCCACAGAAGUGCACUGAUAUCCAUCUUUCCCCAGGGAUCUGUUUCAUACGUAACUCAAAAUUUAGUAUAAGCACAUCAGAUGUGGAUAAUUCUUGUGUAAUAUACUGCAGAAGUGAUGUAUGUCUGAACGAAAUGAAUUCUGUUAUCGAUCCAUUUAUAGAAGGCAUUACUUUGUAAUUAUUUGCAAUAAAUUUUAUAGACACUUUUCAA